UGAGUGGUGGUGGCACCAGCAACCUGUUAAAAAGCAGUGCUCAGCAGCAAGAAGAGAAACUUCGAAACUCGGAGGGGAGCUCUGCAGCUGCCAGUAGGAGGCUCCUAGGCGGCUCUAUCCAGUUGAGGAGGAGAGCAAUGCUGGAAUCCUGUUGAAUAAGGUCUGCCUCUUAUUGAAAUAGCUGACCUUUUACUCGCACAUUGGUUGGAUAGUAUGUCAGCCACAAUGGGACCUGCAAACCUCGUCUUCGCUUUGAAUGGGGAGCGCGUGGAGCUGGGAAACGUGGACCCUUCUGGGACCCUCAUCGAGUAUCUUCGAUUGCAGUCAAAGUACAAGGGGACAAAGCUGGGGUGUGGGGAAGGUGGUUGUGGUGCCUGCACCGUUCUGGUCUCCCGCUUCGAUUCCGCCUCAAACAGCAUCAAAGAAGUCACCGCCAACUCUUGCCUCCUCCCCCUCGGAUCCCUGCACCAUCGUGCAGUGACAACAACCGAGGGGCUGGGUUCUCAGAAAGACGGCUUCCACCCCGUUCAGAAGCGCGUUGCGGGGUUCCAUGGCUCUCAGUGCGGAUUCUGUACCCCUGGGAUGGUUAUGUCGGUGUAUGGGAAAGUGAAGGAGAAGCAGCGGUGUAAUGGGGAGGAGGGAGGCAAGUUGAGCCAAGGAGAAGUGGAAGGGGCACUCCAGGGAAACCUGUGCAGAUGCACUGGCUACCGCCCCAUCCUCGACGCCUGCAAAAGCUUUGCCGGCGACGUCGAUGUUGAGGACCUUGGUCUGUGCACUUUCCGGAAGGACCUUUCCACCCCCCCCGAGCUCCCCCCAUACGACCCCAAGAACGACCCCCCGUUUCCGGAAUUCUUGAGACAAGAGGAGGGGCUUUUCAAUGGCAAGGGGGAAGCCAGCCUGUGGUGCUCGGCGGGAAGCUUAGAGGAUCUAUAUAAGCUCAUGGCGGAGAACAAGGGGAAGGAGAUCAAGCUCGUGGUUGGGAACACGUCCCGAGGAUAUUACAAGGAUGAGCGACCUGAGGUUUACAUCGACAUCAAGGGCGUCGCAAAGCUCCAGGAGAUCCAUCAUAGAGAGGAAGGGCUCUGUUUCGGUGGCGCGGUGACGAUUGCUGACGUCAUCGCCGCAUGCGAUGCACCCCCACCUGGCGGGAAGCUUGGUGGAGGCCGGCCUGCGUCGCCUUUCGUGGAGCUGGCAGCCCACAUGCGCCAGGUGGCGACGCCGCAAGUGCGCCACAUGGCAAGUGUGGCAGGUAACCUUAUAUUGGCCCAGACUCGGGGCUUCCAAUCCGACCUCGCCCCGAUCCUCUGGGCAGCCGGCGCGAGCCUGACCAUCGGCUCGGAAAAGGGUAACCGGGAGGCAACGGUUGAACAGUUCCUAGAACAGGGCCUCGGAAGCGACGAAGUGAUCGUGAGCGUUUCAGUCCCCGCGGUGAAGGCCCCGUCAGAGACGGUCUUCAGGACGUUCCGAGCCUCGCCGCGACGGAAUGGAAAUGCGAUCGCGUACAUAAACGCGGCAUUCCGGGCGGAGGUGGUUUCGAACCAGGGGCCAAUGAAUGGCAGCGAACCGGACCCCCCGGGAGGUGCGGCGACAAACGGGGGGGUGGAGAACGGGGUGGGGAACAUCCCCCCGGGACAGGCGAACGGAGGCCACCAUGCCAACGGGGUUGGUAAAGGGGGCGGUUCGACCCCCCCAAACGUGGUGAAAGAUGUGGUGCUCGUGUUUGGGGCCCUGGGCGACAGGAAGCCUAUCCGAGCUAAAAAGUUGGAGGCGAUUUUCCGAGGAAAAGAGUUGACAGCACGGCUGUUGCUGGAGGGUUUGGAGGUCUUGAGGAACGAGUUGAGCUCGGGCGACGCGGAUACGUAUCAGUUCGAGGUGGCGUCGGCGUUUCUGUAUCAGUUCUUUGCUCCGUACAUGGGCAGUGAAGAUGUUCCGACCCCAGCCCCGGUUCCGCCCAGCCGCGGGCGCCAGACCUUUUCGUUCCCCGGGGACCACUUCCCGGUGUCCGAGCCGCGUUCGAAACAGGGGGUCGACCUGCAAGCGUCCGGCGAGGCGGUCUACGUGGAUGACGUCAGAGCGCCCGCAAACACGCUGUAUGCGGCGUUCGUGACCAGCGAGAAGGCGCUUGCGCACAUCAAGAGCGUGGAUGCGUCCGCGGCAGAAAAGAUGCCGGGCGUGGUUGGAUUCGUGGACAGCAAAGACAUUCCAGGCAGGAACGUUGGCGCUGAAGCCUUUGGAACCGAGGAGCCUCUAUUCAUCGCUGUCAACGACAAGGUCGAGUACAUGGGCCAGCCGCUCGGGUUAAUCGUUGCGGACAGUCCAAGGCACGCGUCCGAAGCCGCCAAGCGCGUCCUUGUUGAGUACGACUCGUCGUCCCUAGGAGCGCCCGUCUUGGAGCCAGAGCAGGCGACCGAGUUCGUCACGUGGGCGCCGUUCGUGCAAGGCAUGAUCCCAAAGCGCGGCGACUCCGCAAAGGCCUUGGAGGAGGCCCCCCGCACGGUGUCCGGCAAAGUGCGGUGCGCGUCUCAGCAGCACUUUUACAUGGAGCCCCAGACGGCGCUCGCGGUGCCGGACGAGGACCGCUUCAUGACCGUCUACAGCUCCUGCCAGGGCCCGAACCUCAUCUCCGACACUCUCGCCCCGCUUUUGGACGUCCCAAAGCACUCCAUCCGCGUGAUCACACGUCGAGUGGGGGGCGCCUUCGGGGGCAAAGUCUCGCGGGCUCAGCCGAUUGCAGGGGCUGCUGCUGUGGCCGCCAGGAAGUAUAACCGACCGGUUAGGUUAACCCUGGACCGGAACACGGACAUGAAGAUUACUGGAGGGCGAGAGCCGAUGCACGCGGAGUACGACGUCGGUUUCACGGAGGAGGGCAAGAUUACGUCGCUGAAAGUGAAGGCUCUGGUCAAUUGCGGGUGGAACAAGGACCUGAGUGACGUGGCAGCGAUGGACAUCGCCCGCGGAGAGACGUACGAUAUCCCGAACCUGAGCAUGGAGGUCAUUGGAUGCAAGACAAACGUGUCUACCAAAACCACCGUGAGAGGCCCCGGUCGACCGCAGGGCGCCCUGCUCUACGAGACAAUCAUCGAACACGUGGCGGCGCUCGUGAAGCGGCCAGCGGACGCCGUUCGCGAGGCCAACUUCUUUGACUGGGAGGGGCUUGACAAGCACUCCGGAGGCAAGGUGGGCAGCGAGGCCCGGUACACUCUACCGGGUGUUUGGAAGGAGUCGUCCCAGUACGAGGCCCGGGCCAAAGCGGUCGGGGAGUUCAACCGGGGGCACCGCUGGCAGAAGCGCGGGAUCGCGAUCACGCCCGUCAUCUUCGACGCGACCGCCUUCCCGCGCCCGGCGAGAGUCAGCGUGUUCACGGAUGGGUCCAUUAUCAUCGACUGCACCGGCGUUGAGAUGGGCCAGGGUUUGCAUACCAAGGCGCUUCAAGCCGCGGCACAUGCGCUGAGCGAGCCGUAUGGUGGCAUGGAGAACGGGGUGGACUUCGCCAAGAUGCGCGUCGUGGACCAGGACUCGCAGGGCGUGGUGAACGCGUCAGUGACAGCUGGCAGCACCGCAAGCGAGGCGGCCUGUGAGGCAGUGCGGCGUUGCUGCGCGGAUCUCACGAAACGGCUGAAGCCGUCGCUCGACGUGGUGAAGGAGUCGGCGGACGGGAAGCCCGUCAAGUGGGAGCAGGUCAUUGGAAAGGCUUCCAUGUCUGGCGUCCAUCUUUCCGCGGAGGUCCUCUUCAACGGACAGACGGAAGACCAGAAGCCGAUCCAGUACUUUGUCUUUGGGGCGGCAGUGUCCGAGGUCGAGUUGGACGUCCUAACUGGGGCGCACACCACCGUCCGAACGGACAUCCUCUUCGAUGCGGGCAAGAGCCUAAAUCCGGCAGUUGAUAUUGGCCAGAUCGAGGGCGCCUUCGUUCAGGGCAUGGGCUUCUUCACGAGCGAGGAAGUGGUCGUGGACGCGGACGGCGCGUGCCUGUCGGACGGCACCUGGACGUACAAGAUUCCCUCUGCGGACUCCAUCCCCCGGGACUUCCGGGUCGAGCUGUUAGGGAACGCGUCCAAUGACAAGGGCAUCCUGGGAUCCAAAGACCUCAUCCUACGCGACUUUCGGGUCCUUCGGGGGAGCCCCCCCUGCAGCUGGCGUGUUCCGUUCAUUCCGCACUCCGCCAGGCUAUCACCGCCGUGCGGACGGACGUCCUGGGGCCGGACGCGCCCUUCUUCCAGCUGGACGCGCCCGCCACGAUGCCACGUGUCAAGGCGGCGAUCGGGGCUGACGUGGUCACAAAGUACCUGGAGGGCGUGGCGGGGCCUUGAGUCGAGGAAGUGA